UUUAUAUUAUUCAAGCAUUUUCUAGGACAUAUCCCUCCUUGUCCAGUUACAAUAACCACCACAUCUACCUUAUCCAGGCAUACCAGUUAACCACCUCAUACUAGCAAAUAUCUUACAGCCUUUAGAACAAACAUCAUGGUAUCAUUACAAAAUAACACAACCAAGCACAACUCUCACUAGUCUUAAAUGCUUCUCAACAGGUCCUUUGCUUGGCUGAAAAUCAAAUGGCGAGUCUAUUGCCUCAUCCUGCCAACCAAGUCUCGUUGCUUGACAAGUCUUCCUGCAAGAAAGAGAUAAAGCAAAUCCAUGCUCAUAUGAUCAAAACAGGCCUUGUUCUUGAUACUUUUCCUGCCAGUAGAUUGCUAGCUACUAUCUGCCAAUCCUAUGACGUCGAAUGCUUGAAUUAUGCGCGUCAAGUUCUUGAAAGAACCGAAAAUGCUAAUACAUUGAUGUGGAACACCAUGAUCAGGGCUUACUCCUGUAGUGACAACCCAGAUGAAGCUAUACUCAUUUAUGUACAGAUGCUACACAAUGCAGUCCCGUGGAAUACGUACACCUUCCCUUUCUUGCUCAAAGCUUGCGCCGAGGUGUACCAGACAUGGAGGAAAACUAAGCAGAUACACUGCCAGAUUAUUAAGAAUGGCCUAGCUUCAGAGGUUUACGCAGCAAAUUCUCUACUCCACAUCUAUGCCAAAUCCGGUGACUCCUUUUCUGCUCGCCAGGUAUUUGAUGGGAUUUCAUACCGUGAUGCCGUAUCUUGGAAUUCAAUGAUUGAUGGAUACACUAAGAGUGGCCAAAUUGAGAUGGCUCGUGAACUGUUUGAUCUGAUGGAGAGAAAGAAUGUCAUCACUUGGACAUCAAUGAUUGCAGGGUAUGUUGAUAGCUGCUUGUUUAAGGAAGCUUUGAAACUAUUCCGAGAAAUGCAAGUGAUGGAAAUUGAACCAGAUCAAAUGGCACUUGCCAGCACACUUUCAGCGUGUGCGCAGUUUGGUGCUUUGGGUCAAGGGAAAUGGAUUCAUAAUUACAUUAAGAAGAAGAGAAUUAAAGCAGACGCAAUAUUAGGGUGUGCUCUUGUGGACAUGUAUGCAAAAUGUGGUGAAGUGGAUGAAGCUUUGGAAGUUUUCAGAAAGAUCAGAAGAAGAAACACACCUGUUUGGACAGCCACCAUCAAUGGUCUCGCACUCCAUGGCCGGGCAACAGAAGCUCUUGAUUUGCUUAAGGAGAUGGAGAGGGCAGGACUAAAGCCGAACAGCAUCACAUUUACUAGUCUUCUUAUAGCCUGCAGUUAUGCAGGAAUGGUAGAUAAGGGGAAAGCACUAUUCAAAAGAAUGGAAAGAGACUGCAAGAUAGAGCCAUCAAUCGCGCAUUAUGGAUGCAUGGUAGACCUUCUUGGUCGAGCUGGGCUAUUUGAGGAAGCUGAGGACCUGAUCAAGAGGAUGCCAAUGAAGCCAAAUGCAGCCGUUUGGGGAGCUCUGCUUAAUGCAUGCAGCGUUCGCAGAAAUUUUGAACUAGGAAGGCAUGUAGGAAAGAUACUGAUUGAGUUGGAACCUUACCAAGGCGGCCGAUAUGUACAACUGGCAAACAUUCUUGCAGCUGAAGGCAAAUGGGAUGAAGCCGGGAUGGUGAGGAAGCUGAUGACAGAGAGAGGAGUUGCAAAGGUUCCGGGCCAUAGUUCAAUCAGUCUGGAUGGAGUUGUCCAUGAGUUUGUAGCCAGUGAUCAAAAGCAUCCACAGAUUGGAAAGAUAACACGAGAGUGGAAUAAAAUCCUCAAGAGAUUGAGAGAAGAAGGAUAUGUACCAGAUACUGAGAACUUGUUGCUAGAUUUAGAGGAGGAUGAGAAAGAAACAGUAAUCCAUUUGCACAGCGAGAAGCUUGCUCUUGCUUUUGGGUUAGUCAGUACAGCGCCAGGAACGACAAUUCACAUUGUCAAGAAUCUUCGCAUAUGCACAGAUUGCCACAAUGCAACAAAGCUCAUCAGCAAGGUUUAUGGCCGUAAGAUAAUCAUGCGUGAUAGGUCCCGUUUUCACUGUUUCCAGGAUGGAAGUUGUUCCUGCAGAGAUUAUUGGUGACAACAGUUAGUUGUAGCUCAAGGCUUCAUGACCCAAAUAAGAGCAUUCCAUAUGAUACCAAAUCAAUGUAUAGAAACACAAGCAAGAUAUUGGAAAGUGAAAUAAGCAAUCAU